AUGAAUUCAUAAUAAACUAUUUGUUUUUUGCAUGCUUCACAAAUUUAAUAUUUUUGUUAAGAUUGUGAUAUUUCACUUUGCGAAACUUGUUUACUUUCAUAACAUUAUCAACACACUCUAACUUAUUAUGUACAAAAUCAAAAUUAGAAAUUAAAAAAUUUAAAUGCCAAACACAUCAAAUGGCUUUAAGAAUAAGAAUAAGAAGUAGAUGUCUUAUAAAAAAUUAUUUAAUUUUAAAUUCAUGUAAAUAAACUUAUAAUUUUAAGGAAAAGUAAAACAUUAAUCUAAAUUUCAAUAAACCACUAAGUUAAAAUCAUUAUUUAUAAAUUUAAAAUCAAAUAUUGAAUUCUGAUCAUUAAACUAUAGUUUUCAAUUUCUUAGAAAAAAUAAUUACUUAAAAUCAAGAUUUUGAUUAUGAUGAUCAUUAAAAAUUAUAUCUAAAUGCAAUAGAAUACAAACUCAAUCAGAAUAUAUGGUAAAAACUAUGUUUAUAAUUAUCAAAUUCAAAGAAACUCCAAAUAUUAUCAAUUAAUUUAAGUAGUUCAACAUUAAAUACAAAUCUAUUGUAAUAACUAUUUGAAUCAAUUUCAAAUCUCCAAAAUUUAUCAUAUGUUGAAUUAGAUAUGAAGCAGUAUAUAUUCAUUUAUUUAUAUACCCUUUAGUACAUAUUUAGAUGACAAUUCAAUUUAGGUAUUAUUUGGAGUUAUGAGAAUUCCAAAUUUAAUUAAGUUUAUAGCAUAUAUCACUUAAUGUAACAUCUCUGUAGAUACUUUGCAUCAAUUCUGGAAUAAGAAUAAAGAAAAAAUAAGAGAAAAAUUUAAUUAUUUCUAUAUAUACCAUCAUUUUUGUAAAAUGUUGUAAAUAUCAUGAAUAGAUUCUUUUGGAUAUGAUAAAGAUUUUUAUGAAGAAAUAAUGACUAGCAAACCUUCAAUUUAUCUAGAUUAAUUUUCAGAGUCAACUUUUGUUUGA